AUGACGCUAAAGGUGAUCCUCCUCGGCGACCUGGGGGUGGGCAAGACGUGUUUGCGGGGCCAGUUUGUCCACCAGGUGUUUCUGCCGGCGUACCAGGCCACGGUGGGCGGCGACUACCUUUCGGCCACCGCCGACGGCGUCAGGCUCCACGUGUGGGACACCGCGGGCCAAGAACGGUUCAACGCCCUCACCCAGGCGUUCUACCGGGGCGCCGACUGCUGUGUGCUUGUCUACGACGUCACCCGCUACGAGCUGGUGCUUUCGCUACGAGACUGGUUCGCCCGGGUGGUGCUGGUGGGGCUGGGGGCGCCGCCGCCGCCGGUGGUGGUGGUCGGGAACAAGGCCGAUCUCGGCGCCGAGCGGUGUGUCGACAGUAGCGAGCUCCGCGAUAUUUGGGGCAGUGACCGCUUAGCACUGGCGGUGGGUGACUGGAGCGCCGACGUGUUCGAAGUGCUGAGCAAGAGCCACGCUGACGUGGCGCGGGUGUUCGCUCGGGUGGCGCAGGUGGCGAAUGAUCGGCCGCGGGCACCGGCCGCCGACUCCAAGCCAGUGGAUAUUGCUAGGGGUGGCCCCCAGCCGUCCCGCUGUGCCUGCUGA